AUGGAAAAUAUCUUCACGGUACAUGAUGUUGUGUUAAGCAGGCGAGGGUCCUACAUCUUGGGAACUUUGAUCUUGUCUUCUCACCACCUUGUAUUUACAUUCACAACAAAUCAAAAGCACACCUCCUCGUCAUCAGCUACUCAAGCACAGCAGAAGGAAAUAUGGAUAUGUUACCCUAUAAUCGAAAGGAUUGCAAAAUCUAGAGGAUCAACAUGGCUAAACAAUAAUACCGCAGGAUCAAACACUUCCAGCCUCGAGUAUCGAAUAUCAUCGGCGAUAAAUUCAUCAUCUGCAGCGACAUCCAACUCCCCUUCACCUCAGCCACAGCCUGUGGCUCCUCAGGUUGAAGGUUUUGAUAACUAUAGUGCUUCAAAUAUCAGGUUACAAUGUAAGGAUUUUACCUACUUUUCAUUUGAUUUCAAGAAUGAUUUAAUAUGCACCCAAGUGUUUAACAAAAUGAGUUCAUUGGCCACUACUGUGAAAACUGAAAACGACAUCAAGGCACUAUAUGCAUACUCAUAUGUUCCAAACAACUUGGAAAAAGAAUUGGAUGUUAGAGGUUGGGAUAUAUAUGACCCAGUGGCGGAGUACACCAGGCUAGGGUUGAUUUCAAGCAAUGCAGAUGACAAGUACUGGAGAGUAAGUGAGGUCAAUGCAGAGUACAAGUUUUGUCCAUCUUACCCUCGAAUACUAAUAGUGCCGAACUCCAUAUCGGAUAAUGUAUUGAAACAUGCAGCAAAAUUUAGAUCGAAACAAAGAAUACCAGCAGUGGUGUAUAAACACCGAUCCAAUAUCAACGGAAAUGUUAUUGCUAGGUGUGCUCAACCAUUGGUGGGGUUGAAUUUGCAAAAUCGAUCCAUUCAGGAUGAAAAGUUGAUUGGAGAGAUUUUCCACUGUCAAGAUGCUGAGCGUGCUAGACGCUUGAAGAUGGAGCAGUCUGGUGACAUUACCGAUUACCAGUCACAGCAAAUGCAACGUAACCUUCUAGUUGACUUGCGACCGGUAACAAAUGCAAUGGCACAGCAUGCGUUGGGUGCAGGGACGGAAAACGUAGACAACUACAAGAACAAAAAGAGUCGAAGUAAUGAUGCCAAUGAUGACGAGAGCAAUGCCCAUUCUUCUAAAAGUCCACGCCAAGUUGACAAGAUAUUUAGCAAUAUUGAUAACAUCCAUGUGGUGCGAGACUCACUUACGAAGUUGACCACGAUUUUGAAUGACCUCGAUCGAUUUCAACAACCAACUGAUCCCAAUCAGCAGCAAAAUACAUCCGCUGCAGCAACUUUACAAAAUGCACUAACAAAGACACAGUGGUUGACCCGCCUUUCCAUAAUCUUGCAAUCAGUUGAUAGAAUAACCAAAUCAGUUCACCUAAAUAAUACAAAUGUGAUUAUUCACUGUUCUGAUGGGUGGGAUCGAACCUCACAGGUUUCUGCAUUGGCGCAAUUGUGUCUAGACCCGUAUUACAGGACUUUGAAGGGAUUCAUGGUGUUGAUUGAAAAAGAAUGGGUUAGCUUUGGGUUCAAGUUCAAUACGAGAGCUGAUCAUGGUGGUUGCAUUGGCGCAGUUAUGAAGAAGGAGUCCAAGAAGCAUCAGCCACCUCAAUCUGGCAACGUUAAUAGUAACGGCAACGGCAACGGCAAUGGUAACAGUAACAGUAACAGUAACAGUAACAGUAACAGUAACAGGACUGAUGAGCAAUCAUCCGAGAUAUCAAUUGACAGCUUGCAAUUGGAAAAUACGUUGGCUAAUGAAGUUUCCGGUGCGGCAAGUGGGGCAGCAGCGAGUGUCACUUCCUUCUUGCAAAAAGCAGCCAGGGCUGCUCGUGAUAUCAAAAAUAGCGCUCAAAAUGGAUUGUCCAGCUACCCCAAUGGACAUCGCACUGGCUCACCUGAAUCCAAUACCGACAAACGAUUUUACUCAUCAUCAUCGUCAUCAUCUAGCAUCUAUGGUGGAAGCAACGAGCGUUCGCCCGUUUUCCACCAAUUCUUAGACUGUGUCUAUCAAAUCGUUCGUCAGCAUCCUACAAAGUUUCAGUUUAACACGAGGUUUCUCAAGAGACUUUUGUAUCAUUACUAUUCUUGUCAAUAUGGAUCCUUCUUGUGCGAUUCCGAACGCGAAUUACUACAAGUGCAUAAAUGUUAUGAGUCGACUGUGUCCAUUUGGGAUUAUUUCAACUCACGACCAAAUGAAUUUCUAAACAAAUCGUAUGCUGAAGAUGACGAAGUCAUCUUUUUCAAUUCGUCUGAUUUGAAAUGGUGGUUUGAGUUGUAUGGACGAUCGGAUGAGGAGAUGAAUGGAUUAUCCAACUCUUUGGACAAAAAGUUUGCACAAAUGUUGAAGAAGGAGUAG